GAUUGAUGAUACUCCUCAUCGUCUAUAGACACUCAGAAUUAUCAACUACUAUCAAUCAACAAGAAUGAAAUUUACUCGCGAGUAGAUUCAAGAAAUCUCUUCAUCGAAAACUCCUUUAGACAUGGCACGGAAAGUUAGACUGGGAAUCAUCACCCCCUCUUCCAACACUAGCCUCGAGCCGCUCACUCAAGCCAUUAUUUCCGGGCUCCCGGACGUCACAGUUCACUUUUCUCGUUUUCGAGUUCUUAACAUCAGCCUCGAUACCGAUGGAAUUGAUCAGUUCCAGACCGACAACCUCAUCUUGGCCGCGCAACUUCUGGCCGAUGCUGAGGUUGACAUGAUCGGUUGGAGCGGUACUUCAUCGGGUUGGCUGGGGUUCGAAGCUGAUGAAAGGCUAUGCGCGGAUAUCACUGCGGCUACAGGCAUUCCAUCCACGACUUCCGUCCUUGCUUUGAACAAGGCCUUGCUGGAGUUUGGCGUCAAGGAUCUUGCCUUGGUCACCCCUUACACAGAUGAUGUCCAAGAAGCCAUCGUCCGAAAUUAUUCGCGUGCCGGAGUGAAUUGCCAAAAAGAACGACAUCUAGGCCUUUCAGUGAACUCUUCUUUUGGCCGCGUCGAAGAAACGAUACUAGAUGGCCUUGUGAGUGCAGUGGCGGCUCAGAGCCCUGAGGCAGUGACCAUAUUCUGCACAAACUUGAGAGCAGCCCAGAGAGUGGCUUUCUGGGAGGACAAGCAUAGCCUCUUGAUACUCGAUACCGUUAUCACAGUUAUCUGGGAUAUGUUGCGAGAGUGCAAGGUCGAUAUGAAACCCUUGGGUGAUUGGGGCAAAUUGUUCGCAAAACAGUAAAAGCUGGCCACUGUUGGUACAUACGGGUAUAAUACAUGAGGUUGAGCAAUACCUCUGAGGA